AUGGGAAGGCAAACAAUUAUACGGUGGAAGACUAUGACACGACAAAGAAGAUUCAUGGAUUAUAAAUCAGGAUUGUAAGUAAACAUAUUAUUUUCAAGUAUGUCAGUCACAUACUUAUAAUUUUUUGUAUUUUUCUGUUCAUUUUAGGUAACAAUUUGUACAGGUGGGGGAUGUUGCAGUACAUGCCCCAUGGUGGCUUCCAUUGGGUAGAACCGACACUAAUCGGACUCGAGGAUUUAGGUGACACUUCGCACAUAAGACGGGUAUACGAGGUGGACAUUGAAUAUCCUGAAAAUCUGCACGUAGAAUAUAACGAUCUGCCGUUUCUACCAAAUGACGAAAUGCUGCUCAGUUCUAAGAUAAAGAAGUUGAUGGCUACGUUGAAGGAAAAGACAAAUUAUAUUAUUCACUACAGGAAUUUGAAACAAGCGAUGGCAAACAGUCAUGUCGUUAAAAAGGUAAAAUCAUGUUUAUUAUUUUUUAUUAAUUUUAUUAAUUAUAUUUAUAUUAUAGGUUCAUAGGGUUAUACAGUUCAAUCAGUCACCGUGGUUGAAUGAGUAUAUUGGCUUGAAUACUGAGAUAAGGAAGAAGGCAACUAAUGAAUUUGAGAAGGACUCUUACAAACUGAUGAACAAUGCAGUAUUUGGUAAGUGAUUACUUUUCUAGGUAAGACGAUGGAAUCUAUGAGACGGAGGAUUGAUGUUCAACUGUUAUCGAGUGAGAAGAGAGUGCAGAAAUUGAUAAACAUUGCAUGACAUACAACGAAAACCUAUAUGCAGUGACACUGGAGAUCAAAAUAAUUAAUUUAUAUAUACUCCGCGCACAAUAAGAGUAUGACCAGUCGCGCAUUCAAAAUAACUUGCUCCACUGCAUCGCUCGCCGUAGUGGCGUUUGCAUAUAGAACGCUUCACGCGAUAACAGAAUCGUGCAAAUGUUUAUCAAACCAUAGUUCUCAUUCCAGUACACUGUAUAGUCGUAAAAUGAUUUUAUGACAGCCGUGGCAUUGCAAAACACAUCGCGUAAACAAUACAACUUACUCACCCUAUAAUACUUGGAUGUAUAAUUAUUCUACUAGAUGUAACGGUUGUGUCAAUCCAAAACUUAUUCACACAAUCGCUGGUGUUGUAUCCUAUAUCCGGUUGAUGCCGGGUUCACCGUCAAUUUUGGUUUCUUCCGUAAAUGACGACGGAUACUCGUUUAUUUGAGUUCGACUUUUGGGAUUAAUCAAACACUGAACUCAUCCGUUUUGAAAUAAUUACUUAUUGUUUAUUAUUAUUUAUAUUUAUUUAAAAAGACAUUUAAUAGGUUCUAUGUAUAACUAUAAUAUAUGUAUAACUAANUCGUUGUUUUAACUCUACUGCCGUCGCCGAGCGCAUGAAAUCGCGCAUCCUCAAGACGUUACCAAAAAAUAAUAUAUUGCUUACUUAGCUAAAUACAAACUAUGUUUUAAACCAAGGGUUCUCAACACCGGUAUUAAGCCAAGUUUCAUCUAGGUAAUAAAUGGAUCUACCUUCUUCUCGAAAACAAUGAAUUGAAAUUAAAUAUUGUCUUCUCCAACUUACAAGAUCUCUUUUUUCUGGUAAUAUUCUAUUUCUUUGGCAUUUUGUAAAUUUAAAAUUUAAGCUCUUCAGAACUUUCCUUCAAAUUUGGCAAUGUAUUGUCUUUGUUAAUACUAGUUAAUACCUUCGCAAGGAUUUGCUGUGUUGGAUAUCUCCAAGACCAAAAUGUAUGAUUAUCAUUAUAAUGUUAUGAGUAAGCAUUUCAAAGACACCAUAAAGUUGAUGUACACUUAUACAGGUAAAUUAUUAUUUUUUUUUUUCUUAUACGUAUUAUAUUAUUUUUUAGAUUCAUUGGUGUACCAUAUUGCGACGAAGGACUUUUAUGCUGACUUACUAACCAGACCAGGGCUUUUGGAGUGUACGGAUACCGCCAACCUAUCUAGAGACCACCCAGGUCACAGAGAGGAAGAAGGUACCACGUCUUUUCUCCGAUUAGACAGACGGGCUGGCAAUUACAGAAUUUUGUGAGUUGCGAGCAAAAGCGAAUGCAUAUAAGAUAAAUGUAGUGGAGAAAAUCAAGAUGAGAGGAAUCCGGGGUCAUGUGGUAAAAACUACAUGACUUUUGAUCACCUUAAGAAGUGUAUGUUCAGGGAUUUAAUCACAUACAGGGAGAAUGUAUGUAGCGGGCGAUAUAUACAAAAUAUACAAGAAUUAAACUUCUGUUGGACUAUGGUAUGCUGCUGAUGUUUGAAAGAGGUAAACAAUAUUAUAUUAUUUUACUUAACAAUUAUAAUAUUAAUCGAAACAUUUUUUUUUUCUGGUAUAUGUGGUGGUCUCGUACAGAUGAGUACGCAAAGACGAACAAUAUAAUGUUGGAAGACUAUUACAAAAUGAAAGAAGAUCCAUGGAUUAUAUACCAGGAUUGUAAGUAUACAUAUUAUUUAAAAAAUAUAUAUAUAUAUCAGUCAUAUACUUAUAAAUUUUUGUAUUUUCUGUUUAUUUUAGGUAACAAUUUGUACGAGUGGGCGAUGUUGCAGCCCCAUGGCAGCUUCAAGUGGGUAGAACCGAUACUAGUCGGGCUCGAGAAUUUAGGCGACACUUAGCACAUAGGACGGAUAUACGAGGUGGGUAUUGAGGAUCCAGAACAUCUACAUGAGGAUUACAAUGAUCUUCCUUUCCUUUCUAAUAACAUAGUUCCACUUGGUUCCAAGGUGAAGAAACUGGAAGAGGAAAUGCAUUUAUAUGCAUUAUUAUACACUUCAGAAAUUUGAAGCAGUCGAUAGCGAAUGGGCUAAUUGUAAAAAAGGUAAACUCUUCAGAACUUUCCUUCAAAUUUGGCAAUGUAUUGUCUUCAUUAAUACUAGUUAAUACCUUCUCAAGGAUUUGCUGUGUUGGAUAUCUCCCAAGAUCAAAAUGUAUGA